GACUGAAGUGGACAAAGUGAUUUAGGACAAACCAGCUGGACUGAAAGGUUUUCAAGACAAUAGGCCGUGCUCCUCUCUCUCAACGGAUCGUGGAGGAUCAGACGCUGGGUGACUGAACACACUGGAUUAUGGACCCCUUAUUUUGGACUCCUUUCAUGACGACUGAGUCAUAAAGCUUUUUAUACUCUGGAAUAUCACAGCCCAUCUCAAAAGUAGAGCUCAGCAGCGAGGCUGUUCGGGACUUCUUUAUGAUCUGUUGGAAAAUAUCCUUCCCCCGGUGAGAUGUGGCCUCUGCCUCCGCUGCUGUACCUGCUGCUCCCUGCUGCUCUCUUCGUGGCCGCGCAUGGGGCCGGAGACCUGCAGGGCUUCAGCUUCCAUGGGGGGACUGCAGGGUUCGACCCCACUGACCCCUGCAUGGUGGUGUUUCCACCAUGCUUGAGUGAAGCCGAUCGCUUCAGCCUGGAGGCUCUGAGCAGCAUCCACCAGAUGAUGGACGAUGACCAGGAUGGAGGGAUCGAGGUGGAGGAGAGUGUGGAGUUUAUCAUUGAAGACAUGAAGCAGCAGCAAACCAACAAACACAGUCACUUGCACAGAGAAGACCAGCACAUCACGGUGGAAGAGCUCUGGAAAGGCUGGAAGUCGUCCGAAGUUCACAACUGGACCCAAGACGAUGUGCUGCGCUGGCUGAAGGACUUUGUUGAGCUGCCCCAGUAUGAGAGGAACUUUAAAGACUUUAAGGUCAAUGGAAACACUCUGCCCAGGAUUGCAGCCAAUGAGCCCUCAUUUCUUAGUGGGCACCUAAAGGUUCAGGAUCAGAGAGACAAGCAGAAGCUUAACAUCAAAGCUCUGGACGUGGUGCUCUUCGGUCCCCCGACACGGCCUCCACACAACUAUAUGAAAGACUUCCUGCUCAUUGUAUCAGUGGUGAUGGGAGUCGGUGGCUGCUGGUUUGCCCAAGCCCAAAACAAAGCCAGCAAGAUUCACAUAACCAAAAUGAUGAAAGACCUGGAGAGCCUUCAGAGGGCAGAGCAGAGCCUCACUGACCUGCAAGAGCAGUUGGAGAGAGCGCAGGAAGAGAAACGCAAUGUUGCGGAAGAGAAGCAAAAUUUGGAGGAGAAAAUGCGCGAUGAGAUCAUGGGUGCUCAAGAGGAAGCCCAUCGUCUGCACGAGCUCCGACAGGGGGCGGUCACAGAGCUCAGUCGCCUCAGAUAUGCAGAGGAAGAGUUGGUCCAGGUGCGUGGCGCACUGAAGCGGGCAGAAAAGGACAUGCAGGCUAGCUGGAAUGCAUCAGAAGCCCUCCAGCAGUGGCUUCAAUUGACUCAUGAAGUAGAAGUCGAAUAUUACAAUGUAAAGAAGCAGAGCGCCGAAUUGCAGCUGGCCAUUGCGAAAGAAGAGGCAGAAAGAAUCAAGAAGAAAAGGAGCUCAGUUUUUGGGACACUUCACGUGGCCCACAGCUCCUCUCUGGACCAGGUUGACCACAAGAUCCUGGAAGCCAAGAAUGCUCUAGCUGAAGUAACAGCUUGUCUACGGGAGCGCCUGCAUCGCUGGCAGCAGAUAGAGCGACUCUGUGGAUUCCCCGUGAUCAGGAACCCAGGCCUCGCCAACCUAUCUGCUCAGCUCUACUCUGACUCAAUGGCACUGGGGUUGCCCCGAGUGCCCCAGCCCUCUUGUUCUUGUCGCAGCUCAAUCCAUGGAUCUAUGGAGGACCUGAUGGAAGAAUCCCCAAUAAUGCAACAAAUUCCAGUUCAACCACUCAAGCGUUCCCCUCGCAACCUUGGUUCCACCAUCUGCCGCACCCGGCGACCGGGGGUCAUCACUCAGCCAACAGCCACGAUGCUCUCCGCCGACCCCGACCUGCUCCUUCCUAUUAGAGCGCCGUAUCCAUGCUUUGAUGAAGGUGACGGUUUCUUCAUCAAAACCCUGAAGAAACAGGACUCACAGGAAAGGUACUCAGACACAGAAUAUCCCACUUCACCCCCGCAGUGUAAAGUGUUCCCAGCUGCUGUUGUGGAUGCCUCGUCCCGAAAGUUCUACUAUGAUGAUUCGGAGGCGCUUCUUGACAGUGCCAUGACAAAUCCUUUGAGCAAAGACAUAGAAGUUGUUGAACCUCCAAUUCGCAAAGUGUCAAUCGACGACCUUGAAUCGUCCUGCAGGAAACUGACAAAAGAGAGAUCUUUUGAGAAUCCGAUGGAAAAUCCGAACCCAGAAUCCCUGACCGAGGCUUCGUUGAGAAAGCCAUCCAGAGACAGGAGUGAACUACCCGUGGAUGUGGAGUUCCUCUCCAGGAAAAAAGACAGGGACAUAAAAGCUGAGUUAGAUAGCUCUUCAAGGAAUAUCUGUAAGGAUAAAAAUGAUGCGCCACUGGAGGCCAGAAGACUAUUUUGGAAUGAGGUGGAAUCUGAUCUUGGCCCGAGGAAGAUAUCAAAGGAUAUGCUGGGCUUCUCAGUGGACAGCAGUUCCAGAAGACUGGUCCUGGAGGAGUUGGAUCACCCCUUCGACCACAUGUCCAAGAGUGUGACUAGAGAACUGAUGGCCACAGAUGUGAGUUCCAGAAGAUUGGAUACCUCUGUUCGGGCCAUGGAGAAAAUGAGCGACAGUGAAAGGACAACAUCAAAGAAGAUAUCCAUCGAUGAGUGCGAGUACUACUCCAAUGCAGCUGCUUUACGGAAGCCUACGAGAGAUCCAUUUGAGAGACUUGUAGACAUUUCACCCGCCGCAGAGCACGAAGAUGAGUUUUGUUUGGAACCCACGGCAAGUAGAAGGGUACAAAGAGAAGAUCUUGAGAUGCCUUUUGCUUCUCAAAGAAGGCGAAUGCCUCGGGUACCCAGAGAAAGCAUAGACAGCUCGAUCGACACACCGACAGGAAAGAUCUGCUGGGAUAAAGUUGACGUUCCCAUUGACAUCCCAAAGCAUUCUGGAGUGAGGGAGAAGAUGAGUGUCACCGAGUCGAUCUCCCCUCUUGUAGCAACUGGCCAGCCAGACCUCACAGCGACCUCCCAACAGCCAUGGAUGACCUCCGCUGACACGUUUGCUGUUGGCCCUUUGAGCAAACUUGUGUACGAUGGGAUUUUGGAAAAAUCUUGCAAUACCGUCGCUAUACCAACAGCGUCAACAACCACCAUCCCACAGAUGCCGGAGCCUCCACAACCACCCGCACAAGUCGUCCCUCAGUCGACAGCGACCACAGCAGAAUCAGAGGAGCGAAACAAGGAUAAAGAGAAAAGCAAGAAGUCCAUGAAACUCAAGAAUCUCUUCAAAAAGAAAAAUGAACCAACACCAGAGAAACUUCAGAGCGGCCUCCAGAAACUCUGACAGAUGGGGUUGGUCAGAAUGGCGAAUUCAGUUCCCUCACAUUAAAACACAACUCGAUAGGGUCAAUCGCAUGAGACCUGUUCAGAGAACAUUGGGUUUCAAACUCAGCACCCAACUGAAAGAGCCACUGCUACCUUUUCUUUCACAAAUUUCUUAAGCUGUCUGAAUGAUGCUGCCCAAUCCCCAGCUCACAAGCUACAUGCGGAUGUAGUCGGACUUUAUUUGAUACACUAGCAUCAUUACAUCACAUCACAGAUAACAAUGCCCUUCUUUUUUAGACACUUUAACUUGAAGUUAGUGUUUUCUAUUCUUUCUGAUUUGUACUUGGAAGUAAUUUCACAUCACGCUAGGAUUCGGUCUGAAGAGUCCAGUGGCACCAGCUUGUCUUCUGUGUCUUACUUGAAAUUGAAUUUCAUUUGUGUCCAGAUUGAGCCUUGAAGAAGUCGUGAGAUUUUUCUGUUUUGUUUCGAUACUUUUCUGUUUUCAUAGAAGCUGCAUUUUAGAAUCAAGUGAUGAUAACUGAUGGUCAAUUGCCUUUUCAAAGCGCGUGGAUCACGAUUCAAAAACUCUAUCCACAAAGUGCAAUCAGAUGAAAAGCAAAGAGGCAAAAGUUUUCUUCAACAUUUGAGAUUUGUUCACCCAACACAAGCACUUUCAAACUGUGUCAAAUCAGCAAACCUUGCUGGGUAUGAACACAUGAUACUCUUUAUUAUUUUUUUAUUCUUCACUUUGGAUGUAGUCUUGUACCAAUUUGUGUGCACAAUAUAGAAUUUGUUGCGGGGGCGAACACAGGUUUAUUGAAAUUUUGCAGGGAAAAUAAAAUUUGAGUUGGAGUUUCAUAGUUUACAACAUGGUGAAUGUGGAGAGAUGCUCCUCAGAAUCAUAGAUGAACAAAGCUGACUCCAUUGCUUGCUGCUUUGACACACCUUUUGAGACACAUCACUUCUCGUUCUUGAUGAUUCACUAAACUUCGCAGCAUGUGUUGGGAGUUUUAGUGCACACAAACCUGAAAAAAGCUGCCCCAUGUUUGUUCCCUCAUGUGAAAUGAUUGUUUAUGUUGCCUGUGUAUUGCAUUCAUACAGCUGUAGAGUUCGCUGAAACGCAACCGAGAGCCUUUCAAUGAAAUCACCAGAUUAGUUUUUUAUUUAUUAAUGGUGAUGAAUGUGAUACAUGAACACAACACAGUGAAAAAAUGCUUGAAUAUUUUUGUUGACGAUUGUUCCCUUUCAU